CAGAGGCACAGAUAGGAAGACAGGCAGGGAGAGAGGGAGAGUGACAGUGCAUGCAUGACAUGGAUGAGCUAUGCUGCUCUGGGAUUGGUGAACAUAAAUAGCCAAGCAAUCACAGAGGAGGCAGUGAAAAUAACAAGGCUAUCGAAAAUAUGGAGAAAGGGAAGAGCUAUGAAAAAAAGAUAGAGAAGGUAAAAUCAAAAGACUACAGAGUAGAGGCAGCGCUAACAAAGACAGAGAAGGUAUAAAAAUGGGAGAGAGUGCAGAUCAGUGAGAUUUCCAGAGAAAACAGGAAGAGAGAAGAGAGAGAGGGGGGUGAGCAGCUAGAAGCAUCAACACAGAGAAAAUACGUCAGCCAGACCAACAGCAUCAACCUGGGCACCCAUACUCUGAAAGGCCUGGAGCAACGGGCCUAUACAGGCAGCACACAGCAGGGCACAGGCCUAGCCAACGGCCCACAGGAGGGAGAGAAGACGCCCAGUCCACACUGUCAGCUGCUGUAGCCAUGAGGACUGCACGGAAGGGGAGCAUGGAGAUGCCUGCAUUUGUCCGGCAGCUGGUGAAGGAGACAGAGAAGAGGGUCAGCUCCUUCUUCAAAGAAGGGGGGCAUGGAGGGGCAGAGCACACAGACGGGGAAAGAGAGGAGGUGAUCCCCAGCCCCUACCUGGACCGUCCCAUCCUGGACAAGUUGACGGAGGAGGGUUGCUCCUGCUGGGGCCUGACCUACGCUCUGUGCAGCAUGCAGGGCUGGAGGGCAAACAUGGAGGACUACCACAACUGUGUGCCUCAGCUGGGCGCAGGGCUGGCAGACUGGAGCUUCUUUGCUGUGUUUGACGGGCACGCGGGAAACAAAGUGGCACAGUACGUUUCACAACACCUGCUGGAUCAGGUCCUAGCUACAGGAGGGAUCGGGCCAGAGGAUCACCCUGAUCGGGUGAGAGGGAGCUUCACAGAUGGCUUCCUACACACAGACAAACACCUGCUGACUGCAGCCCGCCGUGAGGGCUGGGAGCGGGGUGGCACCACCGUGACCUCCACACUCAUCUCACCACGAUACAUCUACUUCGCCAACUGUGGAGACUCGCGUGCCAUGCUGUGCCAGGCAGGGCAGGUGUGCUUCUCCACUGAGGACCACAAGCCCUACAGCCCUCUGGAGAGGGCGCGCAUCGAGAGCGCCGGCGGCUCCGUGUCCCUGCAGCGCAUCAACGGCUCCUUGGCCGUGUCCCGAGCCCUGGGAGACUUCAGCUACAAGGGGACAGUGAACCGGCUGCCCACCCAACAGAUGGUGUCUCCGGAGCCAGAGGUGUGUGUGGUGGAGCGGUCGCCCGGGGAUGAGUUUCUGGUGCUGGCCUGUGAUGGGGUGUGGGACACGGUCUCCAACGAGGAGCUAUGUGCCUUCAUCCAGAGUCGGCUGCGCGUCUGCACUGACCUCAGAGAUGUCUGUUCCCAGGUCAUUGACCUCUGCCUCUACAAGGGCAGUCUGGACAAUAUCAGUAUCAUCUUGGUCUGCUUCCCUGGCGCCCCCCAGCUCUCAGCAGAAGCAAUACACCAGGAGGCAGAGCUGGAAGACCUGCUGGAGUCCAAAGUGGCAGAGAUUUAUGAGGAACUGAGUACUCAGGGGAAGGAGCCUAACCUGUUCUCUGUCCUCGCUGUUCUGGCAAACACUGAUGUCCCAGGCUUACCACCUGGAGGCGGUCUGCAGAGCAAAAGGAACUGUAUCAUCUCUGCCUAUUACGAAAAGAAAGAGGCACACAAUCCUACUACACCUAAUGGGCUUGGUGGUUCUGAGAAGCUCGUCUAGGUUCUGUCGCUUGGGAAACGUCUCUGGAAGACAAUCAAUGCCAAAAAAAACUGUUUUCAUUAUGUGGCAAUUCAACCAAUCACAAAAGGAAUUUCGUCUCUCAUCCCUCACACCAAGUAAAAUCCUGAUGUAACAAGUACAAUGCAAUUUGUGAAAGCUGAAACUAUAGAUUUUAUAUUUAUACAAUAUGGGGAACAUUUUAUUUUAUAGGACCUGGCGCUUUGAAACACAGAGAUUCUGGCUCAGCAAUAUGAUUCAGUAGUUGACAAACCAUCUGAUAUACAGUGGGGAGAACAAAUAUUUGAUACACUGCCGAUUUUGCAGUUUUUCCCACUUACAAAGCAUGUAGAGGUCUGUAAUUUUUAUCAUAGGUACACUUCAACUGUGAGAGACGGAAUCUAAAACAAAAAUCCAGAAAAUGAUUUUUAAGUAAUUAAUUAGCAUUUUAUUGCAUGACAUAAGUAUUUGAUACAUCAGGCACAGAAACCUUUGUUUGCAAUUACAGAGAUCAUACGUUUCCUGUAGUUCUUGACCAGGUUUGCACACACUGCAGCAGGGAUUCCGUCUCUCACAGUUGAAGUGUACCUAUGAUAAAAAUUACAGACCUCUACAUGCUUUGUAAGUUGGAAAACCUGCAAAAUCGGCAGUGUAUCAAAUACGUGUUCUCCCCACUGUAUAUUCAUCCAAUAAUAUCUAUAACAAUGUAAAAUUCUAAAAACAUUUAUUUACGGAUUUCAGGUUGAUGUUUAGUUUUAAGAGUCAUCAAACCUCUCUCUCUCAGUCCUGUGUUUGGUAUGAUUUGCAUGACCUGUACUGUGCUGCAUUACUUACCUUGAUGUCAUUAGUUUUAGCAUGUUACAGUGAUAUGACAUAUGACCAAGACAAACCCAAGAAUGGUCAGUAGAUCCAUGAAUGUGUUAAUAUAUUAUCAAAUGUGAUUUAAAUGAGUAUGUGCUUUAGUUACAUACUGUUUAGACAUGACAUGUUCCUCAUGUUUUCAGACAGAAUAAAGAUUAUGUGACUAAGAA